AGCGAGCCCAAGGUGCUCAAGUUCCGCGUCACCUGCAACAGAGCAGGAGACAAGCACAGCUUCACCUCCAACGAGGCCGCCAGGGACUUCGGCGGCGCCGUGCAGGAGCACUUCCAGUGGAAGGCUGACAUGACUGACUUCGACGUGGAGGUUCUUCUGAAUAUUCACAACAAUGAAGUAGUUGUGGGCAUUGCAUUGACUGAAGAGAGCCUUCACAGAAGAAACAUUACACACUUUGGACCCACAACUCUUCGUUCAACUCUUGCCUAUGGCAUGCUUAGGCUCUGUGAUCCCCAGCCCACAGAUAUCAUAGUUGAUCCCAUGUGCGGCACGGGUGCGAUUCCCAUAGAGGGAGCUGCGGAGUGGCCUAGCUGCUAUCAUAUUGCUGGUGACAACAACCCCCAGGCUGUAAAGAGAGCAGCAAACAACAUCUGUUCUUUGCUAAAGAAAGGCGAGAGCAAGGAGAGCGGCACCUCCCUGGGCAUCCCCUUGGACAUCAUCCAGUGGGACAUCUGCAACCUGCCUCUGCGCACGGGCUCCGUGGACGUCAUCAUCAUCGUGUCGGACAUGCCGUUUGGGAAGAGGAUAGGGUCAAAGAAGAAGAACUGGGACCUCUACCCCGCCUGCCUGACGGAGAUGGGCCGGAUCUGCACGCCGGGGACCGGCCGGGCCGUGCUGCUUACACAGGACAAGAAAUGCUUUGCCAAGGCCCUGUCGCGGCUGGGACACCUCUGGCGCAAGGGCCAGACUGUGUGGGUGAACGUCGGGGGCCUGCACGCCGCCGUCUACCUCCUGCGGCGCACCUGGGAGAGAGCAGAGGAGAAGAGAUCCUUCUGGUAA